UCUCCUCUUUUUUUUUUUCCUUAUCGGAUUGGCACUUGUUUCGGUGGACAAGAACCACGCGGCGCGAGGCAGUAGCAGCUUUUGAACUUCGGAAAGGGACGAGUCAAGCAGAGCCCGAAAGUCCUCUCUAUCUUCUCAGUAUAUAUAUCUAUAUAAGCAGCAGAGCCUGAAAGUCUCUCUGCAAGUGCAAAAACCGGUCCCGCUCCCCCCCAUCUUUAAGCCCACCUGGGAUCCGGCAAGAACCUCGCAGAAGAGUUGUCGUCUGGUAAGGCUUUUGGGAAAGAAGAGCUUCUCCUCCUUGCCAAGCUGAGAUCGGAUUUGCGCUGGACUCGAGGUAAGUUAUCUGCCUCGCAAUGCCUGCGUCUUACCUCCGGUUUCUGUCCUUCUGCCCGAAAGGUUAAGCACGUAUAGAACUCGGUUUCUGCAUUGGGGAGGAUGUUCUCGACCGGCCGGCGAUGGUGCACCUCUCCGCCGUAUCGGAUCGAGAUCUUCUCACCUACAUAUUAGCUAGCUUUCGUUCAAGCUCGCGGGAAGAUCGCUGUGCAUCGGAUCGUUUGAGCGCGAUGUGAUCCCAUAUAGAGCUCUCUUCGGCUCCUCGGAAGUACUCGAUGAUUUUUCGCAGGCAGAUGUAACUCAAGAACUUAGGCCAAUGCUCUCGUUCAUUUCAUUUUACCUUUUUGGGUACUUUGAUCUCCUUCAUUUUCCCAUCACAAAGGGAUAGAUUUUUCCCUUUUGGACGAAUAAUUUGAAAAAAAAAAAAUAUAGGCCAAUUUAAUUAUUUCUCCUCCUCCUCCAUUUUCUUUUACUUUUUUUGGUGCUUUGAUCUCCCUCUUUUCCAUCGCCAAGGGAUAGAUCCAUUCUCCUUUUGGACCAAUGAAUAAAAAAAAUAAAAAAUUAGAGCAUUAUAUGGACAAAAGUAAUGGAGGGUUGGCCCUUUUUUCUUUUAAGGAUGGUGGCGAGGCGGGGGCACCUAAUGAUGCAUGCUAUCGAUUAGGGUUUUCUGAAAGAUUUAAUCGUCUGUAAUUUGAGCUCGCAUGCAUCAUGCAUCGGAAACACGUCAUUUUUCCGAAGCUCGAUUGAUUUUUCUGGGAUCCCCCGGCCGUCGCUAAUGAGCGCUCUUCCAUGUUCAUGUCUAGCAAGUUGAAUAUGUAGUUUUGAGUAGUUUGAGUUGAUCCUUGUGGCACGAAUAAACCCUAGUGCCCCGAUCUUCUUCUUCUUCUUCUCGUCUCUGGCAUUUUGAGGAGACCAUAAAUUUAUCGUCGCUUCCAAGGUGUCGUUUUCUUAAUCGUCUUCGUACGAAAUUUCCAGGUCUUUUGUCGUGGUGUGGUGUGGGAGAAAUGGCAGAAAUUAAAUGCGCGUGGCUGCCGUGGCAUGAAUCUUGACCUCACGCCUAUCAACGUUUGCCGCGUGCUCGCUUUUUUUUUUUCUGUCCACCCUGCGAAAUAUUAUUGCACGUCACUUCACUUGAUAACGAGGUAGAUUUUUAAUAGAUUUAUUUCAUUUAUCGAGAAAAAAUGUUAGUUUUAAUAAAUUCAUUUCAUUUUAUGAAUCGAGAAAAAGAAUUGAGCCCGACUUGUCUCUCGCCAAAAGGGGCAUCUCGCGCGGGAUAUCCUCUGUUCUAAAAAUGCCGGUUCAUCACCUCCCCGAAAAGGAAAAAAAGGGGGGAAAAGGAAGAAAGCAGACCCCGGGCAGUGUUUUGUCCACGUCCGCCGCACAUGGCCGUUCCCGGCGGUGUCUCCGCCGGGGGACCCGCCCCAAUGGGGUCGCUCUUCUGGGACCCGAAGGGUGGGUCCCGGCUUGGCCGAUGCUUUACUCAUCGUUAUCGAUCAGCAUUGCGGUCGCUCGUGAUGCCUCCACAUGACUUGUCCACACACCAUAAUCCCACUUGCAUCAUACAUAAAACAUUUCCCCUUUCUAAUUAUUAAAUUUUUAACCAUAUAUUAUACAGUUCGGACCAAACAACAAAACCAUAUAUUAUACAUUACGGCGUUUGACCUUGACCGGCAUAAAAAAGAAAAGAAGGUUAAGUUUGGGGAAAAGGAAAAAGGAAACCACACCCAAAAAAUUAGGUCCCUAACCAAUAUCACGCUGGCAUCUGUCUGUUAAUGCCGCAUGCCGCAUGCCACGGCCACCAAAUUGAUUCCUAAUUUACCUGCUCCUCAUAUUCUUCUUUUUCCUCUCUUUCCUUUUUUAUUCCGGAGAAAUUGCUUUUAUGAGAUGACGUAAGAGUCCAAAUUCGAUUCCUAAUUUACCAGCUCCUCAUAUUCUUCCUUUUCUUUUCUUUUUUUUUUUAUUCCCGGGCGUCCCGGAGAACUUACUUUUAAAUUGCUCUUAUGAGAUGACAUAGAAUCAAAAUUCGAUUCGAGGAAUUUCUUCCCCCUCUCUCCCUCCUUGGUCCUGCAGUCCUGCAUGUAUUGUCAUCAUUGUUGGGGGGGGGAUCGUUGACCAAAGCGGCGAUGAACAUUAUAAUAAUAAUGCUCCCAAAGUUGUCUCCUAGCAAGAGAAGAAUUCAUCGUGUAAUCGAUAAUGACCGAUGGAGGAGAGGAGGUCCAGAGGGCAAUCGCUUUCCACACAGAAUUUCAAUUUCGCUUUUGCUUUUGCUCGUUUUGGGCCAGAACACCCGGGGCUGUCGCUGCUGAGAAAGGCCUCCAACGUCGAUUCAGCUUCUCCCCAUCACAUCGAAGUUCGAGCAAGCCCUCGUUAGCCAAGCGAAAAAGGUGUUUCUUUAAAGCUAAAAAUAGAGGUGGAACAAAAAAGUCGAGAGCAACCUUUUUUGUCCAUAAGUAGUGGGUUGCCCGUGGAUUGAUUUAGAGUUUAAUGAUCUCGCUCUUGCAUUCUCUGUCUCUUUCUCUUUUUGAUGAGGUUUGUCCUUUUGAACUUUAAAGAAAAAUACCAGUUGCUCCUGUGGUGCGAGGACAAAAGCGGGCCAGAGCGAGUUUAGCAGCGAUUGGGUCGUAAGUUAGUGUCGAGACUCGAGAGAGUUCGUUAUCGACUAAUUUAGUUACCAACUAGUAUGAGAAUUAGCACUAGGCUUUUUGGAUUUGACCGUGUUCAUUGGGUGGGGGCAUAUCAAGUAAGAUGCUUUUCCUCCUUGGACUAUUCAGGCCUCGUUAAACUUUAUAUAAAAAUAUGAAAUGAUUUUUUAAUUGUGGGCAAAGCGUGGAUAGGAAACUACAAAAGAAGGGCAUUUAAUCCAUGCAAAGGCCCCAUUUGUUCGCACUUCAUCAAUCACCUUCUCAUUCCCAUGGAAAAAGAACAUCGUUUGUUCGCGGCCAAAAGGAAAAUAGCUCAAAAUGAUUUUGCCAUCGAAUGCUGGUUAUGAUGGUACGACGUUAAAUGAGAGAUUCCGAUAUAUUAAUGCGAAAAAAAAUAAUCAAAAACCCAGUUUUGAUAAAAGGUUCAAAGCAAGAACUCCUUAAGUUUACCCUAUUUUGGCUUCUUUCAAUUUUACCCUUAUUAUUCCUUCUUUUUCUUUGUCUUUGCCAUUUGGUCCUAAUCCUAAAAAAAGGAACUUUCGCAUUUGCUUCUAGCGACGGUCCCGCCGGCUGCUUUUUGGCGGUUUGACUGGCCGGCCGCACCGGCCAAUUUGCUCUUCCGACGUUCGGUACCAAACAUGCGUUUCCACUAAUUUAAACCAAUCGAUAUCUACAGAUCGGGUCCCAUAAGAAGGAAAAACCACAAAUUUAAUCUUUUUUCUAGUCUGUAAUGGAUACCGUAAUCCCAGAAAGUGAAGUCAAUUUUCUAAUCCGCGUUCUCCUGGGAGUGUCGGUUUUGGGUUUUUAUUCUGCAACGUUGGAUCAAACUAAUUUAGUACACAGUGGUCAACUCUUAGUUGGCGCAAAGCUACGAAGUGAGGCCCCACUCUCCAGUUUCCACUUUCCACCAACAGUUGUUAAUGUUUUGCAUUUCUUGCCGGUUGCGUCGGUUCGGUCUGUUGGUAGUUUUUGGUUAUUUACUCGACCCUUUGUUCAUGACACGCCCUUCAUCACUUCCCUCCCUCAAAGCUCUCGUUUUGAUCUCCCGUCGGAUUGAAUUCUUGCUCGCCACUUCGCGCUCUUUCAUCCUCUGUUUUUGCCCUCUGUUUUCUCAUUUAACCUUCGAGUCAUCGCCAAUUCUUUGCUCAGAGAUAUGAGGGAACGGUCAAAGAAUCAACCGGAGAGAAGUUGGGCUGAAAUGUGUUGUUUGGGUUGGUGCUCCCUGCAGCUGUUCUGGCCGAGGGUGGUCGUGCGCAAAUGGCUCAACAUCAGCGCCAAGGAUUCGGAUUACAGCGCCGAUUCUGAUGACGAAGACGACGACGUUGAGUCCGUCUCCGACAUUGAAGAAUUUGAUCAUGCGGGAAGGGGGUCUCGGCUUAGGAAUUGCUGCAGCAAUGAUGCUCAAGUCGAUCCUCUUGGUAAUGUUCCCACUGCAGAAACACGUACUAUUCCAAGAAUGAGAAGAAGGAAGUCAGAGACUUUCCGGGCUCAGUAUAUAAACACAAAAGAAAUCAAAAUACGCGUUGGGACAUGGAAUGUCGGAGGAAAGCUUCCACCCGAUGAUCUAGAUAUUGAUGAGUGGCUAAACAUCAGUGAGCCUGCUGACAUCUAUGUGCUUGGUCUUCAAGAGAUUGUGCCCUUAAAUGCUGGAAAUAUAUUUGGGGCUGAAGAUAACCGGCCGGUACCAAAAUGGGAAAACAUCAUACGUGAAACACUGAACAGAGUCCGACCCACAAAGGCCAAGGUUAAAUGCUAUAGUGAUCCUCCAUCUCCAUCAAGGUUUAAACCAUCUGAAGACAUCCCUGACAUUGAAGAGGAGUUACUACUUGAGACUGACAGUGAUGGAGAUGAGGAAGUUCAUCCUAUUGAUGAUGAACUCGAUGGCUUUGGCGAGGAAAGACCAGUCACAGACAGAAGUACAUUCACGACUUUCGGGGGUGCACACAAUGCUGACGGUGGCAAGUUUAGUGAACUGGAUGGCCAAGACUUGGAGAGGCAAUUCUCUUCUCCAAAGAGGUUAGAUCGAUUGAAUUGCUUAAGGACACAAGAGGAAGUAGAAGCCCCAUUGGCUCAGCGCAACACUAAAUUGACAAGAAUGCUGAGUGGUUCUGAGAGAAUUGGUUUAAUCUGGCCAGAGCCUCCAUUAAAUUUGAUAUCUGAGGGUGUUCUUGAGAGACCAAAUUCUUUCAAGUCAAUAAGAUCGUUUCAAGUGUCAAAGUCUUUCAAAACAGUUAAUUCCUUCAAGUCAUUUACAAAUGAAGCUCCACUGGAUCUGUCGUUGCUGGCAGAACUGGACAUCGAAUCCCUUUUAAAACGGAAAAGACAAAAACCUUAUGUCAGGAUAGUCAGCAAGCAGAUGGUUGGGAUAUUCCUAACAAUUUGGGUUCGCAGGAGCUUACGCAGGCACAUUCAGAACUUAAAGGUGUCGACUGUUGGUGUGGGCGUUAUGGGCUACAUAGGCAACAAGGGAUCAGUAUCAGUCAGCAUGUCCAUUUAUCAGACGUUUUUCUGCUUUAUUUGCACUCAUCUUACCGCGGGAGAAAAAGAUGGGGAUGAACUGAAGAGGAAUGCUGAUGUGCGUGAAAUACGUCGUAGAACUCACUUUCGUGCAGUGUCUGGAAUCAGACUUCCCAGAAAUAUUCUCGACCACGAAAAAAUUAUCUGGUUAGGUGACUUGAACUACCGGAUCAACUUGUCAUAUGAGAAGACAAGAGAACUCAUCUCAAAAAAGGAGUGGUCCAAGUUGAUUGAGAGAGAUCAGCUUAUACGAGAGCUAAGAAAAGGCCGCACUUUUGAUGGGUGGUCCGAGGGUACUUUGAAUUUCCCACCCACAUACAAGUAUGAAAAUAAUUCAGAGAAGUAUUUCGGAGAGGAUCCCAAGUUUGGAAGACGUACCCCAUCCUGGUGUGAUCGCAUUCUUUCAUACGGCAAAGGAAUGAGACAACUCUGCUAUAGGAGAGCUGAAAUAAAUUUCUCUGAUCAUCGACCUGUGACUGCCUCAUACGUGGCAGAGGUUGAGGUGUUUUCUUCUAAGAAGUUGCAGCGUGCCCUCACCCUCACUGAUGCAGAAAUAGAAAACGAGGAUUUUGCGGCAAACAUGGGUUUUGAUGCUUGAACAGGACUGAUAGUAAUCGAAGAGGCGAACGGUGUGGAGUUAGAUGAACGGGUCGCAUAUUUUUUGACACUCCAUUUUCCAUUUAGAGUUACGCCGGCGGUGGAACGUGAAGCUACCAUUAAGGGGCUGGGAUCUUUUCUCCCACAUUCUGUGUUUUUUAGGGGGUUGAUGUGGGAAACUCCUAGUUGGGAGCGCUAAAGGAGGAUGAGACAUCAGGAAAGAAGAGGCGAGGAUUUGGUUGCUUCCAAAACUUACACGAAUUUGCUACCACGUUUUUCCAUUCAUUCAUCGGUCUGUGUUACUGUCGCCCAUUCUGUACAUCGCAGUUCCGUUACUGUGUAAAUACUCCUAGGAAGAGAGAGGCCUGUGAAGUAGGUUUAGCAAAUUGGGGUCUGAAAUAUGUUGUCUGUACAUGGUUACCGGAGUUGUCUAUACGGGAUUGCGCUCAGCAAAGCGGCUUUUUUCUCUGAGAUUGCCUUUAUAAAACACGCAUUGUCUCCCCUCU